CAGUAUAUCUUUUUUUUUCUACAUUCCAUUUUAAAGGUCCAAUAAAAAUAUAAAAAGGUUGAAGCAAGUAAUAAGCCUUAGGUGUUCCACAUCAAAGCAUUUAUGGAUAUUAACUGGCAAGCGGUGUGUGUGAAUAUUUAGAUGAGAUGAAAAUGAGAUGUCUAAGUGACGAAAUUGGAUCUAUGUCUUAACUUGAAAGCUCUGUUAUGCAAUUAUGAGACAGCUUCAGAAGUCUUGUCAGGCAAUGAACGGCAAAUCCGAAAUGAUUAGAAAUCUGUCAGCAAUAUUCCUCCAGUGAAUGAUGAACGAUGAUAGAAAUUCGUACCAUAAAAGGGCUAUCAACUAAUACGAUCCAGAGCCAAAAACUUUUUCACAUCUAAGAAGUUAUAUUUUACAAAAAUUUGUUUAAGUUUUUAUUUAGGAUCUAAUGGGAUUAAAACAAAACAAGAACAACUUAUAUUCAAAUAAGAUGUGUAGGUAUAAACUAACUUGUGUGUCUCGCCCUAAAAUCUACACUGGAAUUACAGGAAGAAAAGAAAAAGUCAAAAAUAUACUUCAUUAGAAUCAGGAUAGGAAAGAGUGGAGAUACACACCGUUGCAAUGCGGAGACUGUGGUUUUUCGUCAAGCUUCUGAGCAGCGUUCUGCCUCUUAAUUUAUGUCUUCCUGCAUCUCAUCAUGGCCGCCAUCACUUCCCGGAGCCGUACGUCGAAGCUCUUCACAUGGCGAGAGACACGUUCGAUCCGCAUCGCGAUUCGGAGGAGUUUCGUCGCGACGCCACAGAAAACGUGAAAGAUUUCAAUCGCCGUGACUCCGAAGACGACUCGUUAAUAGUACAAACUGGCAAGGGUAAAAUACGGGGUGUAACGUUGACCGCGAGCAGUGGUAAAAAAGUGGACGCGUGGCUUGGAGUGCCGUACGCACAAAAACCGACGGGAAACCUGCGUUUCCGACAUCCGAGGCCUAUCGAAAAGUGGGAUCAUGUAUUAAACGCAACAAAACAACCCAACUCGUGCGUUCAAAUAAUAGACACUGUUUUCGGUGAUUUCCCGGGCGCCACAAUGUGGAACCCCAACACGCCCCUGAACGAGGACUGUCUCUAUUUGAACAUAGUCGUGCCGAAGCCACGUCCAACAAACGCGGCCGUCAUGCUGUGGAUCUUCGGGGGCGGUUUCUAUUCCGGCACGAGCACCUUGGAAGUCUACGAUCACAACAUAAUCGUAUCGGAAGAGAACAUUAUUUUAGUUUCAAUGCAAUACCGUGUGGCCUCCUUAGGUUUUUUGUAUUUCGGCACUUCAGACGUGCCCGGUAACGCGGGUCUUUUCGAUCAAAUGAUGGCAAUCCAAUGGGUCCAUGAUAACAUCGGGGCGUUCGGCGGGAACCCGAACAACAUCACCCUCUUCGGAGAAUCGGCCGGUGCCGUGUCCGUUUCUUUCCAUUUACUCAGUCCCUUGUCGAGGAAUUUGUUCUCGCAGGCCAUAAUGCAAUCCGGUAGCGCGAUAGCUCCCUGGUCCGUGAUAUCCCGAGAAGAAAGCAUCCUGAGAGGUCUGCGACUGGCCGAGGCGGUCAAUUGUCCCCACGAUCGCAGCAACUUGCAAGCCGUCACAGAUUGCCUAAAAAAAACCGACCCCCAAACACUUGUAGACAACGAAUGGGGAACACUGGGAAUAUGUGAGUUUCCUUUCGUUCCCGUCAUCGAUGGCGCAUUCUUGGACGAGCAUCCUGUACGUGCUCUCCAGAAUAAAAACUUCAAGAAAACCAAUUUACUAAUGGGAUCAAAUACGGAAGAGGGAUUCUACUUUAUCAUCUACUAUUUGACGGAGCUCUUCCCGAAGGAGGAGAACGUCUACGUGAACAGGCAGGAAUUUAUGCGAGCCGUAACCGAACUGAAUCCCUACGUCAACGGGAUCGCCAGACAGGCGAUUGUUUUUGAGUACACGGACUGGCUCAAUCCGGACGACGCCGUAAGUAACAGGGACGCGCUCGACAAGAUGGUCGGGGAUUAUCAGUUCACCUGUCCCGUAAACGAAUUUGCUCACAGAUACUCGGAAACUGGGAACAAUGUUUACAUGUAUCAAUUUAGACAUAGAACGGUGGCAAACCCAUGGCCCUCUUGGACCGGCGUCAUGCACGCUGACGAAAUAGCUUACGUCUUUGGCGAACCCCUCAACCCAACAAAACAAUACACACCUCAGGAAGUCGACCUUAGUAAACGAAUAAUGAAAUACUGGACGAAUUUUGCCAAAACGGGGAAUCCCAGCCUGUCGCCCAGUGGCGCCUGGACUCCCACAUUUUGGCCUGUUCACACGGCCUACGGACGAGAAUAUUUAACACUGGACAUCAAUUCGACAGCUACUGGAAGAGGGCCCAGGCUCAAGCAGUGUGCCUUCUGGAUGAAGUAUCUACCUCAGCUUACACAAAUGACAGCAUCGCUUCAAAACAACCAAACAGAAAAUUGCACAAAUGGAGUAGGAAAAUGGACGCAAUCGUUAACAUCACUUUUCCUACUUUUAACUGCUUUAAAAGGAUUAUCCCACUUAGUGGGAUAGUCAACGUUUCCUCUCCACGACAUCAGGACUACUGCAGCCAAUGCGUAAAUUGCUUAUUAAAAAUAUGUUUAAUAUACCUAAUACCAUGCGCUAGGAGUAAGCGCAACCUUUGAAAUCACGAGAUAGGCACAUAAAAUACACUAAAGGAAAACAAAACAAAGGAAAGAAAAUGAUGAUUUUAUAUGUGAAUAUAUAUCUUUCGAGAAAUUAUCGAAAGAAUCAAGCAAGAUAAAGCAAAGUGAGUAACGCUAACGUUAAACUCUAGGGAAAGUACAAAUUCUCAUUAAAAAACUUUCGUCAAUUUGUAUAAUUUCAGUUAUAUACCAAGUGUCCCAUUCCGGGAAAUUAAACCGAAUAAGUUUAAGACAUUCGCAUAUCAAAAUAAACAUAAAACAACAAAUAAAAUUAAUUACUGACAAAUUGCAAAUCAGUUUUAAAUGCUAGAGUUUAUAACAGUCCACUGGUGAGUAAACCGAAUCAUUAAAAUAAAAGCAACUAUUUCAAACUAAAAAGAAUUUCUUUUAUUCGUGCUUUAUAAAAUCUAUAAGCUUGUUCGGUGUUGUACGUACAAUAGCUUUAAUAUAAAGUAAAUGUCACUGAUAAGGAAUUUAUAAGAAUAUUUUAUUUUUCAAUAUUCAAAAUCCACGUUUAUUUUAUUGCUUCUGCAAGACCAAAUCUUCAAUCAUGAUUACCGUUAUUAGAAUAUUAAUAAAUAUAUUGUCGCAGCCCUAGAUUUCGCUUGAACACGAUGUUGUAACGAUGUAGUAGGUAUGUAAUUAAUAAUAAUAAAAAUUAUCAUUGUAGAGACAACAAUUAAUAAAAAUAAUAAUUGUAAUAAUAAAAUGAAAAUGACGCGUAGCAUGUUUUUGUACUCCACUAAUUGUGAAGAAAAAACACUUUAUAAACAUAUUAUUAUGUACUUCUAUCGCUAUCUAUCUUUGCUGCCUUAUAAAAAUCAUAUAAUAACUAAAUGAUAGAUUAAUAAGAUUUUUGUAGUAGCCCUUUUUUAGGGAAAAGAUUAAUAGUGUUCCUAGUGCCUCCGCUAAUAGUAGCAGAGUCCUUCGGUACUUACAAAUACACUGUGAAUUAUUAACGUACGAGUACCUUCUGGUAAAUCCGGCUCGAAGGACCAAAACAUCAUGACCCCUUCUGAUGCCUAAAAAUGGCAAUGGUCCACAAUUACGCAAUUGAAAUUAUAGAGGGUACUACUGCCAUGUUAUAGAAUAGUAACACGAUAACUGUCAAUUACUAUUGUUUUUUGAUAGGAUAAGAUGAAAACCCCACAUUAUUAAUUGAGUUUUUACUUUGAAGAGCUUGUGUAUUUUGUAAUACAAGUUUUUUGUUCAUAUAUUUGUGAGUACCGAGUAAACUUUCGACACAUCGCGUCACGCGUAAAUAAAAUUCAUCUUGAAACAUGCACAUCUAUUUAGAAGGAAAUGUAAACUGAACUGUAAAGUGCAAACGGCCAUACAAGAAAACACACAUAGAAUUUUUGUAAAUAUAUGGUCCAUUACUUAAGAGAAAUUUAAAUUGUAUUGAAGAAAAGGAAUUCCAAGCUUACUGUACCAAAGUCAUCAGGAAAAACACAAAAUCUUAAUGAUAAUUUUAAAAUCUAUCGAAAUUCUAAAGCUCAAUAUUAAUGUUUUUUCAAAAAUAAUAGAAAUAUUUUGUUAAUCGUGCAAAUUCUUGAGAACAAGUAAUCUGGGAGUUAAGAAAUGAUAAGAAAAUCGCCAAUAAUUUGUAAACCUAAGCUUUUUAUGGAAUAAGUAUCUUAACAAACCCACAUUGGGUUUGCCAUUUUCCGAAUUGAAAGGUUUUACCAAUUCUAAACUUCAAAUGAUUAAAUGAUCAUUCAAUUCAUGGAAAAAUAUAAAAACUGUCCUCUUAAAAAUGGUUUAAUUUAUAAAAGCAAGAAAAUGUGACUUAUAAUUAAAGGGUUCAAGAUUAUCGGUUUAAAUAGAGAACAAAAAAGAAAGAUAUGAAAAGAAAACAAUUCGUACCUAAAUUAGACCUAACAUAUGUAUUCAUUAUUACUUAAUGUCCAUCAACAAAGAAAUAAAGCAACCAAAUAGAUUAUUAUAGAUGUACCUAAUAUAAUAAUAGUUUGCUCAUAUCGAUGAGAUUGUGAUUGUACUGUAGUUUACUGGACAACUACUACCUACUCUGCACUCUCACUUGAACAUAGAAAUAAAAUAUCUACUGUCAUGCUAGCUUUAAUAUUACUUAUACUGAUUGUUGAUGAUUUAAAUAAGAAAUACUGCAAAAGUAUCUCACAUUAGCACAGAUUCGACCUAAAUUAUCACGAACUGAACUUUUCCAAAAUUUAUUAAACAAAAAUAAACUAGUUUGUGUUUAAUUUGAGUUAGUUACGUAUUUAAAUUUGGUUCGCAAUUUACGAAACUUAGUAUAUUUUGUUUAAAACAUCUCCGAAAAAAAAAUAAUUUUAAUUAUUAAAAAUUGAAUUGAUGAAGCUUUUGGAUAUUGUAACUCCAUUUUAAUGUAGAAAAUAAAAACACAAACGCAAGUUACAAAGAUGUUUAUCGUAGCAGAAUGUACAAGAAGUAUUUCUUCCAUCUGAAGAAGCCACUGUGUGGCGAAAUGUACAUUGUGGUACAAUAAACAUCUUUGUAACUUGUGUUUGUGUUUUUAUUUUCUACAUUUUAA